AAAGCAGGGCAUAAAACCACAUUCUCAGAUCUCUGAAACGGUAUUGGUCACAUUCCUGAUUACGUGACGAACACGGAAGUUAGGUGUUUCUUUGACGUGAUGUGAACAAAAUGAUCGGAGAUCUGUUGAUAUUCGGGACCUUACUGGUGAAUGCAGGGGCUGUGCUGAACUUCAAGCUCAAAAGAAAGGAGUCCCAAGGAUUUGGAGAUGAGUCCAAAUCACCGACAACAGGUGACAACAUCAGAGAGUUUCUGCUCAGCCUGCGAUACUUUAGGAUCUUCAUCGCUCUGUGGAACAUCUUCAUGAUGUUCUGCAUGGUCGUAUUGUUUGGGUCAUGAUCAACAUUUUUGGUGACUGGACUUUCAUCAGGAUGCUGUUUUUCAAAGUUGGAUGCUAUAAACUUUUCCUUGGUUAGUUUGUUGUUCUUUUUGCCCUUUUUAACUGUAAUUAUUCUCCAUUUUCUUCACAACCCCAAAUCAUAAGUCUGCUUUCAGCUGUACAGGAAUUUAUGAAUCGCUGUAUUUAUUUUGUCUUACAGAAGUUUACAUUUGUACCCUUGGCUUUUAAGCUGUAACUCCACCAACACCCUUCCCUUUGCUGAAUACAUGUUGUUGUUGUUGUGUGCCCCUGUGCUUCAUUAUAAAACAUGAGUUAAUUUUCUCCAGCGUGUCAGUUUGCUUAUUUAACAAACAGCAGGGUUGAAAUGAGGGACAGACUUCACUAACAGGAUAAAACAUGUUUAACUGUGACUCGUUAUCUGUGUUUCAUCAUUUAAAGACCCAGUAGUAAUCAAAGCUGGUGGAAAACCUUUUGACUUGCCAAGAUCGUCUUGCUUAAAAAUCCUUUUAUCCUUUUACUUGAUUCAACGGAAGAGUCAAAUUAUCACUGUCACUUAAUGAACUUAUCUCCUCUGUACAAACAUCUCCAAAUGUACUCACACUCUAGUGUAUGUCCAAACAGAAUAUUUUAAUGCAGAUAAAAAAAAAGGCAUAUUCCUUUAUUCUGGGGCACAUGUGCUGUAAGUAAAUGUAUUUGCCCUACAAUGUAAUGUGUCCUUAUUCAAAAUAAUAAAAAUUAUAAUUUUCUUA